AUGACUCCGUCUCUCAGCGCUCACCCCAGCUUCACCCGCCCGCGCACCGGCGAGCGCGAGGGCCGUCCUCUUACUCGCGACCAGAAUGGCGGCGACACCAUGCUCAUCCCCAGCCGAACCUCCUCGCUGCACUCUCGCAUUACCCAGCCGAUUCCCUCGAGCUUCAACACCAAGCCCCAGCAGCGCACUCCCAAGACUCUCACACACGCCUAUCUCGUUUGCGGUGUUGGCCGCGAGCCAUCACAAUGGGUCAGGGCCCCCGCGCCCGUUCAAGGCAAGAUUGGACACAUGAAGGGGGCUGUGAGCCAAUUUUGGCUUCCGGAGAUUCUGGGCAGCAGUCCUCGCCUGGAGCAGGACAAUGAGAUUGCCAGAGCUCUCCAUGCCGCUAUGAGGGCCUGUUUCCCUCAUGAUGUCGAAAUUUGCACGGGCCGCAGCCAGCCUCACUGCUCUCACCACUCCUUCGUCCUGCAGCAGGACUCUUCCCAGACUCUCUACGGCAUCUGCCUGCGUGUAUGGUCCCGGGCUGAUGAGAAACGAGCCGAGACUAUCCGUGACCUGCGCAAGCGUACAGAGACCGACUUUUACGACAACCCGGAUGAGACGUACUGGAUCCCCUACUGCCUUUCUUUCCUCUCCCGAUAUCCUCUGUAUAAUCUCUUGGGCGAUUAUCUUCGUGGCAUGUGGAUUCACUGGAACAAGGCGACGAAUCUCUUCCACGCAGAGGAAGUCUCUCGAAUCCUCAGCUUUCCCGCGCCCCGACUCAACGACCUUGUCCGUAUUGACAUGAAAGACUAUGCGCUCUGCUAUCAGUUCCCCUCUUCCCCGACCGGCUUUCAGAACUUUGCCAUGUGGCCGCUCUUCAACUGUCUGUCCAUUCCCAACAUUGUUGGUGUCAUUGAGGCAGCAAUCUCGCCUACUCGCCGUAUUAUUUUUGUCAGCCACUACCCUGCCAUGCUCACCGUCGCGGCCGAAACUGUCCGAUACUGUGUGCGUGUCUAUGAGUGGAGCGGUCUCUAUGUUCCUGUUGUCCAUGCCCGCCAUGCUAGCGAGCUUGUCCAGGAGCCAGGUCCCUACAUCCUCGGUGUCACUGCCGAAUGCCGCUCCCUCUUCAACGCACCCAACGAUGCCCUCGUUGUUGACUUGGAUCGCAACUUUGUUCUCACUUCUAGUCCUCCUACCGCGCUCACUCCCGGCCAGCGCAACAAAUUCGUGACUCGCUUGACCCAGGCUCUUAACGGCGAUGUUGUCCCUGCCGGUGUGCCGCACCAUCUUCGCUCUGCCUACGGUGGCGGUAAGCUUGUCCCUGCUGGCCAAAUCAUUGUUAUGCGUGGAGAGGUCGAGUCUAUCCAGGAUCCUGAAUGGUGGAACCAGGACUCUGUUAUGGCUGUCAUGGAUCACGUCUGUGAAAAGCUCGGCCGCAACACUGGCAUCAAGGCUGUCUUUGGCGGAUCGGUUAAGAAGCCGCUCAUGACCAAGGUAUCCAUGAGACAUCUGAAUGAAAUUAUCCGAGAGCGCAACCAGUACUCUCGUGACGCCCAGGAGGCAUGGCAAGAUUUCAUCAACCUGAAGGGUCGCAUGGACACCGAGCUCAACAAGGUUAACAAGCGCAACAACUAUCUCGUUGAAGAGCUCGAAAGCUGGAAGCAGCAGUUUCUCAAGUUUCAGGCCUUUGCGGAGCAGCUCACCAAGGAGACCCAGGAUCUCAAGGUCAAGAUUGAGACGCACAAGCGUGAGAACCGUCGUCUUGCUGGCCUCAUUGACCAGCAGAAGGAGGACAAUGCGCGCAUGUCGACCCGCCUUAGUGGCACCGAGAAGCAGCGCGAUGAUGCUCUGGAGGCCCUUGUUCUCCAGCAAGAGAUUGCUGAGGAGCUCGAGCGUGAGCGUAAGAAGAACAAGAAGGAGCUUUCACAGCUGCAGCACACUAGCACCACCCUUGCGCGCCAGCGCGACGAGGCUCGCCGGGUCGUUUUGCAUCUCCGCAGCCUCAUAGGUGGACAGAGCCACCAUAUGGAGCAUCUGAUCCAGUCGUUGACCAAGCCAGACGAGCUCGUCAAGGAGAUUGAGGAGGGCUUCUACGACGAUUUGCCCGGCGACGAAGAGGAGAGCACCGAGGGCAUGACCGAGGAACAGACGCAGUCGUUGAGGCUAUCCCGCAACGCCAAGAGGCUCUCCGCGGCUAGCUUUGCUGACGUUGCGGACCGUCACCUCAAGGACAAGACAGACGCGAUCGCGCACAUUGUUCGCAACAUUGCGGACCAGUGCCAGGCUGCUGUCGAGAGCCUACAGAUGGCCCAGGAUGCCGAGACGCCAUCGCGUCGCCACAGUGCCCUCUCUGGUGCCGCCCAGAGCGACGACGACAGCCACUCUGCUGCCACCUCGGAGAUUGGCGAGGAGAGACUGCGUCGCCGCUCCGGUCGGCCGUCCAGCAUCCCCCCGACGCCGGAUCUGGUGCCAAACCGCAGCAGCACCGCCAUGUCCUUUGUCUCGGCCACGACGACGCCCGAGCGCAACAGCACUCAGUACUACGGCCAGCGCGAGGAUGUACCCACCAAGAUUGUCGAAGAUGACGAGGAGGACUAUGAGGAGAACCGCAGCGACAGCGCCGCCGCCAAUGAGAACGGCGUUGUCGCCAAGCACAGUGACUCGCUGCUGCACAGACCCUCUGGCGCACGCAUCAGCGCACUGGGCGGUACACGCUGA